AUGGAUGUGCAAUAUUGGUAUUACAGUUACAUUUACUUUAUCACCAAUAUUGUUACAUUUACUUUAUCACCAAUAUUGGUAUUUGCAUGGGUGUAUCAAUAUUGGCAGCACAUUUAUGUUUAUUUUGUAACCAAUAUUGGUGUCAUCGUGGAUGUACAAUAUUGGUAUUACAGUUACAUUUACUUUAUCACCAAUAUUGUUACAUUUACUUUAUCACCAAUAUUGGUAUUUGCAUGGGUGUAUCGAUAUUGGCAGCACAUUUAUGUUUAUUUCGUAACCAAUAUUGGUGUCAUCGUGGAUGUGCAAUAUUGGUAUUACAGUUACAUUUACUUUAUCACCAAUAUUGUUACAUUUACUUUAUCACCAAAAUUGGUAUUUGCAUGGGUGUAUCAAUAUUGGCAGCACAUUUAUGUUUAUUUCGUAACCAAUAUUGGUGUCAUCGUGGAUGUGAAAUAUUGGUAUUACAGUUACAUUUACUUUAUCACCAAUAUUGUUACAUUUACUUUAUCACCAAUAUUGGUAUUUGCAUGGGUGUAUCAAUAUUGGCAGCACAUUUAUGUUUAUUUUGUAACCAAUAUUGGUGUCAUCGUGGAUGUGCAAUAUUGGUAUUACAGUUACAUUUACUUUAUCACCAAUAUUGUUACAUUUACUUUAUCACCAAUAUUGGUAUUUGCAUGGGUGUAUCAAUAUUGGCAGCACAUUUAUGUUUAUUUUGUAACCAAUAUUGGUGUCAUCGUGGAUGUGAAAUAUUGGUAUUACAGUUACAUUUACUUUAUCACCAAUAUUAUUACAUUUACUUUAUCACCAAUAUUGGUAUUUGCAUGGGUGUAUCAAUAUUGGCAGCACAUUUAUGUUUAUUUUGUAACCAAUAUUGGUGUCAUCGUGGAUGUGAAAUAUUGGUAUUACAGUUACAUUUACUUUAUCACCAAUAUUAUUACAUUUACUUUAUCACCAAUAUUGGUAUUUGCAUGGGUGUAUCAAUAUUGGCAGCACAUUUAUGUUUAUUUUGUAACCAAUAUUGGUGUCAUCGUGGAUGUGCAAUAUUGGUAUUACAGUUACAUUUACUUUAUCACCAAUAUUGGUAUUUGCAUGGGUGUAUCAAUAUUGGCAGCACAUUUAUGUUUAUUUCGUAACCAAUAUUGGUGUCAGCGUGGGAACAACAAUAUUGGCAAUGUACCUGCAUUUUAUCAGUAA